CACCAACGUGCCAACAAAUUUACGAUUUAAGAUUUUGGUGGACAAGAAAUCAUGGAGUGACAACGCUCAUGGAGAAAAUUUUCGUAAGUGUUCUUUUUUUGUUUGUAUCACAUGCAGUUCUUGUGUCAGAGUCCCAUGACACAGGCAGUUGAAUAUGACAUAAAGACAUGAAUAUGACAGGGACACAGGAAUAUGACAGGGACACAGGAAUAUGACAGUGACACAUGGAUGUGACAUGGACUCCUGAAUAUGACAGAUAAGGUACUCAAAACCAUACCACUCAAAAAGCAUUUUCCUUACACCGUAUUAAUUUUACAGGUUGGGAAAUAACUCAAGUGCAAUAACUCAUGCUCUUGAUCUUAAGUACGAAUGACGUGAAGACAUAAUGACGUAAUAACCUAAUUGCAGAAUGACAUAAUAAUGUAAUGACAUAAUGACAUGAGCAUUUACAUGUCUGUUUCUUAUAAUGACCAAAUGAUAAAUAUUUUUUUUUUUUAAUUUAAAAAAAAAAUAUUUCCUUGAGUUUAAUUUCAUUAUUAAAAAGGCGGACACCAUUUUAAGACACAUAUAACCAUAACAAUUAUUAUAUUUCAAGCGCGCUCUGGUAUAAGGAAUUGCGACAUACAAGCAUACGGUGGUAUCACAUUAUACGAGAUUUUGGGGGUCCGUAAAACCGGUAUGAGUGAAUAGCGGGGCUAGACCCCAUUGUAUUCGUACUCGCAUUAUAGCGGGGCUCGACCGCAUUGUAUUCGUAUUCGCUUUAUAGCGGGGCUCGACCGCAUGGUAUUCGUUUUCGCUUUAUAGCGGGGUUAGACCCCAUUGUAUUUGUAUUCGAAUUAUAGCGGGGUUGGACCGCAUUGCCAAUAUGUAUAUCAUCCUAGCAUUUAAUAAUACAUUUUAUUUUGUUACUGAAGACGAAUUGUCCACGUAUGUUUUAGUUUAUGGUUUGAACGGAGUGCUGGUCACGCAGCAGCAGGUGGCCCAAAUGUUCCUCAACUACUGGCAGAGGACGCGGCAACACAGGCAGCAGUACGCCAUCAACAUCAGCACCCAGAAGAUGCCGAGCGGGCCACUGUACACGCGGGACAAGACUGCGGCCCGCCUAACUCUGGCCCUCACCUUCGGCUUCUUUUUCAUUGGCUUAGCCUGCCUGACAGCACGUGACAUAGUGGAGGAGCGGGAGACCAAAGUCAAGGUCAACAAUUUAAAAAAAAAUUAUUUAAAGCAGACUUCAGUCAAGAAUGGUCAGAAAAAAAUGACUUUAUGUUUAUUAUUAUCAUAAUUUAUUAGUUUCCUAAAAAAAAAAAUAAUAAUAAUUCAUAUUGAAGCGGUCGUAGAUUUUAAAUCAUUCCCCCCACCCCAACUCCUACACUCCUACAUCAUUUUUUUUUUACAUUUCUCGGAUGAUCAAGCGUUAGCCUAAUGAUCGAAUAAGUUGACAUUAACUCAACAUCAUUCAACUUGUUUAUUUAGAUGACUCUUGUUAAUUUAUAUAACAAAAGCCAAAGUGGGUCUAUCCCCUCCUUCCUGGAGUGCUGUAAGCCUACCACCUCCUCACUCCCUCCCAUGACCCACCUCCUCACUCCCUCCCAUGACCGACCUCCUCACUCCAUCCCAGGACCUUGUCAAUGUGUUUAUAAAUCUAUAUGUAUAAUUCGCCAGUGAAACUAGGGCAAGAAGACGACGACGAAAGCAAGACGCAGGCUGUAUAUGGAUACGCCACAGCAAGCAAGGCGCAGGCAAACCCUCCCCUAACUUCCCUUGCCUGCGCAUCGUUGGUCUCGAGACAUGCGCACUGCGGUGGAGCUACCGCCCCCGCCCACUCCUGCACCACCCUCGCUUGCCAGCCACGCGCACACUCCAACAAUCUCGCGGCGUCUGCUAAGCCGCGGGUCGGCUAUAUUUAUGGAGUUCAUUUUCGUAAAAUCAAAAGUGUGCAGUGACGUUAAUGAAAAAAAAAAAAGGGGGGGGGGGGGGGUGUAGCAAAAUUGACAUUCUUAAAUGUUCGUAACUUGAGUUCACGUUUUUGUCAAGUAACUUUAGUACAUGGGAAGUUCACGCAAUGCUGUCGCCAAUGUUUGGCGAGCUAUAUCUAGUAUUUCUAUAAUUUGUUUCGAGAGUUCACGUUUAAUAUUAAAAAAACAUAGAAUUGCAGUUUAAAAAAUGUAAAAAAAAAAUAAAAAAUUGUUGAAUAUUCAAUAACAAGCGAUUAAAAUUUCGCUAAUAGCUUAAAUAAAUCCCGCCCUUUUAAUAAAAUCCAAUAAUUUGCAGCCUCUUACUCUAUGCCCCCCCCCCCCUUUUCCCCUAAUGAGACGCUUCAGACUAAAACGAUCUUAAGAAUGGUUUGGCUUUUUUAAUGACAAAUGUCUUUUUAAAUUAUUUUUCGUAAUUAAAUAAAUUAAAAGAGCUGAAAAAAAGUUCAUUCGCAAAAAUUUAGCCAACACUUUUAAGGAUAAGGGCCUAAAAUAAAUAUUGGCAGUAGUUAUGUAUUCUGCAAAUUAAAAAUAUGAUAUUGAACUUUGUAAACAUUCAUUUAUGUAUGAAGUUGCAUCCCAUGGCAACGAGACAAUUAGACCAGUUAAGCCUCUCUUAAAAUGACGAAAGCUAAUGCGUGUUAAGUAAGAUGGAGAUGCAUACAAUGUGACCUAUGACCUUUCGCUUGAACCACCGAGCAGAGGCGUAGCUAAGGGAGGAGGGGGGAAGAGGGGGGGGGACUGAUGUCCAUGGGCGCCAAAAAGUGCUUUGAUAUUUUUGUGUUGAUGAACUUAAUGGGGUUGAGAGUUGAAAAAUGAAAAGGGGGGGGGGGCCCUUUAAAAUGAAUCUUGUCCCCGGGCGCCAAACACUCUAGCUACGCCUCUGCCUACGGGUAAAAAUUUAAGUGUAUCUAAGUGGCAUUUUGAAGUUCAUCGGAAAAAUGUUCCGAGUAUGAGCUGAACAUUUGGAAAUGUAUACUUUAUUUGUAUACGAAUUCCCUCAUAUAAAUUCGCACACUAAUUAAUGUAUAAUGUCUUUUGUGUCAGGAUGCCCUGCAGAUGCUUGGGGUCAACCUCUUGACCUACUGGAUGGCCUUGGUCAUCACAAACGUCCUCCUA